GAUCCUUACGGAUCAUCAGAACAAGAACGAGCAGAGGUGAAGCAAAGCAGGAUUGAGUGAAUCGGAUGGAAUGCUUAAUUUGUGUAAUUUGUGUCCGAGGCGCAUUCGUCUUUGUGUUUGAUGAAUCUAUGAAUUCAUGGACGGAGAAGCGAAAGAUGGGAAGUGAAGCAGUAAGUGGUUUGUUUGUCCGGCUAUGGAGCUUGAAGAGAAGAGAAGAGCUGCGAAAAGCAGACAGGGAAGGCAAAUUAUAUCAAUAUUGACAAAGUGUAGUAGACAAGCGAUUUAACGACUGGUGGUGUUGAUUCCUGCUUUGGUUGAAUUUUUCCUAGAAAGAAAACAUGAAUGAAACCCCCUGUAUGAGUUGACAAUAGGUUUCUUGGAACGCACAAAUCCAAUAAAUAAUAACUAAAGAUGAUCGGAAGCGUGGGUGGUCGGCACAUGUCGACCCGGCGGCGUGGAUCGUCGCCGAUGGUUCGACUGGGAGCCAUGAACCUGCAACUGGACCCGUCCGGUGAUGGUCCGGUAACGCCUCGAAUUUCCCCCCGAAGACGUCGAGCCGUUACGACCAGCGACCAUAAAAGCUGCGCACUAAUACAAACAAGACUGAAACUGGGGGAUAUCAUUUCCCGACCACGACGUCGAGCAGCAGCCAAGCGGAAAAAGCUGAAAAACCUCGGAAAAUCCAAAUCCACCGACACGGAAGAAGACGAUCCGGAUGACGACUGUGGCGAUGAUGGUUACCUAAAAUCGAAGGUGAAAACGCAGGGUAAGUGUAUGAGUUUCUGGCGAGCGGAGAAGCGAUUUCGCUUCUGGAUCCGGCACACGGUCAAAACCCAGUGGUUCUACUGGUUCGUCAUCGUCCUAGUGUUCUUCAACACUGUGUGCGUAGCCGUCGAACACUACGGGCAACCGAGCUGGCUCACUCAGUUUCUCUACUACGCUGAGUACGCCUUCCUGGGCCUCUUCAUGAUGGAGAUGUUCAUCAAAAUGUACGCCUUGGGUCCUCGCAUCUACUUCGAGUCAUCGUUCAACCGAUUCGAUUGCGUCGUCAUCAGUGGAUCGAUUUUCGAGGUCGUGUGGUCCGAGGUCAAGGGAGGUUCCUUCGGUUUGUCGGUGCUCCGAGCUCUGCGACUGCUUAGAAUAUUUAAGGUUACAAAAUACUGGUCAUCGUUGCGCAAUCUGGUGAUCUCGUUACUCAACUCAAUGAGAUCCAUCAUUUCACUGUUGUUCCUGCUCUUCUUGUUCAUUCUGAUCUUCGCACUGCUGGGUAUGCAACUGUUUGGUGGACAGUUCAAUCUGCCAGACGGUACCCCACCGACCAACUUCAACACCUUCCCGAUCGCACUGCUAACGGUGUUCCAGAUUCUCACCGGCGAGGAUUGGAACGAAGUUAUGUACCAGGGCAUCGAAUCGCAGGGUGGGCACAAAAAGGGAAUGAUCUACUCGCUGUACUUCAUCAUUCUGGUUCUGUUCGGUAACUACACCCUGCUAAACGUAUUCUUGGCUAUCGCUGUCGACAAUUUGGCGAACGCCCAAGAACUGACUGCAGCCGAGGAGGAACAGCUGGAGGAGAACAAAGAGAAGCAACAGAUGGAGUUAGAUAAGGAGAUGGAGGCUUUGCAGAUCCAGACCGAUGGAUCACCACCCCGGGUUGAGAUUUCUUCGCCUUCACCAACCCGGGGCAAUGGCGAGAAGGCGAAGAAGAAAGACGACGAAGACAAGGAGGACGAAGAUGAUGAGAUAGUGGACGGACCAAAACCUAUGCUGCCAUACUCGUCGAUGUUCGUGCUGUCACCCACCAAUCCAAUACGCUGCGCUGCCCAUUGGGUCGUAAACCUCCGAUACUUCGACUUCUUCAUCAUGGUCGUUAUCUCACUUUCAUCGAUUGCACUGGCGGCCGAAGAUCCGGUCGACGAAAACUCUCCACGAAAUAAAAUUCUCAACUUUUUCGAUUACGCCUUCACCGGAGUGUUCACGAUCGAAAUGUUGCUGAAGAUUGUCGAUCUGGGUAUCAUCCUGCAUCCGGGAAGCUAUCUGCGCGAGUUUUGGAACAUCAUGGAUGCCGUUGUGGUCAUCUGUGCCGCGGUCAGUUUCGGUUUCGACAUGACCGGAAGCAGUGCCGGACAGAAUCUGUCGACGAUCAAAUCUCUCCGGGUACUCCGGGUGUUGCGUCCCCUCAAGACUAUCAAACGUGUGCCAAAGCUUAAAGCGGUCUUCGAUUGCGUCGUCAACUCACUCAAAAACGUUAUCAACAUUCUCAUCGUGUACAUCUUGUUUCAGUUCAUCUUUGCUGUCAUUGCGGUGCAACUGUUCAACGGUAAAUUUUUUUACUGCACCGAUGACAGUAAACACACUAGUGAGGAGUGCAAGGGAUCGUUUUUUGUGUACGACGGUACCGAUCAGCUUCCAAAGAGGGAAGUCCGGGAGUGGAAAACACAAAGCUUCCACUACGACAACGUGGCCACGGCCAUGUUGACACUAUUUGCUGUACAAACUGGAGAAGGCUGGCCCCAGGUGCUACAGAACUCGAUGGCCGCCACCUACGAAGACAAGGGUCCAAUACAAAAUUUCCGUAUCGAGAUGUCGAUCUUCUACAUCGUUUACUUCAUCGUGUUUCCAUUCUUCUUCGUUAACAUAUUCGUGGCCUUGAUUAUCAUUACCUUUCAAGAACAGGGCGAGGCGGAGCUGCAGGACGGAGAGAUAGAUAAAAAUCAGAAAUCGUGUAUAGAUUUUACGAUAGGUGCUAGACCACUAGAGCGAUAUAUGCCUAACAAGCGGAAUAGUUUUAAAUACAAAGUCUGGCGAAUCGUCGUAUCGACGCCGUUCGAGUAUUUUAUAAUGAUGUUGAUCGUGUUCAACACGCUACUCCUGAUGAUGAAGUAUCACAAUCAAGGAAAAGAGUUUGAGAAAUCGUUAAAGUAUCUCAACAUGGGCUUUACCGGAAUGUUUAGCGUUGAGACGAUACUGAAAAUCAUUGGAUUCGGCGUCAAGGUGUUUGGAAACAUUGAACUAGAGCCUGAAUCAGCUAUCACUAGACACAACAACUUCCGUUCCUUUGUCCAAGGGCUGAUGCUUCUGUUCAGAUGUGCAACGGGCGAGUCGUGGCCGAACAUUAUGCUGGCAUGUCUCAAAGGGCGACCCUGUGACCCGCGAUCGGGCAAGACGAACGAAACCUGCGGCUCGACGAUGGCCUACGCGUACUUCGUGUCGUUCAUUUUCUUCUGCUCCUUUCUUAUGUUGAACUUGUUCGUCGCUGUCAUCAUGGACAACUUUGACUAUCUAACACGUGAUUCCAGUAUUCUCGGAGCCCAUCAUCUAGACGAGUUCGUACGUAUUUGGGCUGAGUACGAUCCAAACGCUACGGGUAAAAUUCACUACGCAGAAAUGUAUGACAUGUUGAAGAACAUGGAUCCUCCUUUGGGAUUUGGUAACAAAUGUCCCAACCGACUCGCCUACAAGAAGCUCAUCCGGAUGAACAUGCCGCUGGACGCCGAGGGCAAGGUCGGCUUCACCACCACCUUGUUCGCGCUGAUCCGGGAAAACCUGAACAUCAAAAUGCGAACUGCCGACGAAAUGGACCAAGCGGAUCAAGAGCUCCGUCACACAAUCAGCCACAUCUGGCCGCUGCAGGCGAAAAAGCUGCUGGACCUGCUGGUGCCGCGAAGAGAAGAACUGAACUCAGGCAAGCUCACGGUGGGGAAAAUCUACGCCGGGUUGCUCAUUCUCGAAUCCUGGCGGAACACCAAGUUCGGCCAGAUAGAGUCGGAUCUACCGGCACUUGAUGCAAGCAAUAGUAGCCCCACGGCCAGAUUGCCGAAGCCGUCGAUCUUCGGUGCCAUCCUGGAUAUGGCGGCCCUAGAGAAAACGGGCGGCUCCCGAACCGGAUCUCUCAGUAUCGAAAACGGCGAGGGCGUCAACAACUCGCAGACGCACCUGCUCUUUCCACCGGGAACGGGAACGGGCCACCACGGUCCGGGUCAGGGUCAGGCCGGGGAACAUGGCAGUGUUGGCGAUCAUGGCGAACACGAGGGCACCCUGGCCAGCCUGGCGAGGCGAACUACCAUGCGCAAGCGGUCCUUCAGCAUCCAAAAUUUACCAAAUCACGCUCUACUUGGUUUGACCACCUCGCUCGUUGCGUCUGCUUGUCUGGUGGUAACUCAUUUUUACGGAUUUGCACUCCAAGGUACGGCGAGCCACCGCGUUCCCCCAGUGUGCUACUCUGGGUCCAUAGCCCACCUGGGGCCUCUGGCUAUAAUUCCCAUCCGGAUCUGCAACGAGGCUAUACCCGUUAUGGGUGACCAUACUCGCGCAAUGCACUUCACGGCAACACUUGAUUGUUCCUGGUCAGCAUCAACCAGCCCCGCCCGUUCGCCAUCCCCGAACCAUUUCGGUGUACAUAGUAGUGCCCAGCAUCACCGUAGUAGAAAGUCCGAUCGUCCCAAAACCGCCAACAGCCAACACCCGGCCCACCAAGCGUACGAUACGACGAUCCUUUGCGAGCGGUCCCGAUCGCCGAGUCCUGCCAGCCUGCUCCAGGAGCUGCGGGACCGGGACCACGCCCGCCGAAAAUAUCGGAAUGGAAUGGGUCACGUUCAGCACAGCUAUCCGGUACUGGUAACUCGUCGCCAGGGUCAAGGCCGAAGAUUACCACCCACCCGUAAACCGUCAACCCUGCAGCUGAAGCAGAAUAUCAACUUCCCCAAACUGAACGCCAGUCCAACUCACCUACUCCACUCGACCCACACGACGCCACACAGUGUUCACUCGUUGCCUCAGUCCCGGGAGUUCCUGCGGGAACGGGAACGGGACCGAGAUCGGGAUCUCUACUACCGAGAGCGAGAUCGGGAACGGGACCGGGAGCGCUAUCGGAACAGUCGGGAGCGCGAAUCGUCCCGGGAUAGCUACGGGCAGCUGCCUGCGCACUACGAGUUCCGGGACCGGGAACGAGAACUCUACGAACGGGAACGAGAAAUCGAACGGGAGUUUGAGCGGAGUAUGAACGGUGAUAUGGAACACCACGUGCCACUUUCGUACGAACAAGCCCUGGCGAUGGCCGAAGCGGGUCGGGUUUUGCCUUCGCCGAUCUUGAACGGUUACAAACCGAAGGGUGGUGGUCCGGGAUUGCAUUCCUCCUCUCGGCAUUCGGAUUCUGACGACGAGGACUGGUGCUAGCACAGGGUGAGACGUCGUCAGUGCGAUCCGCGAAAACGUCGGGAACAGAUCUGGGUGUAACGGAGCCCCAAAUGAGUAACCACUACAAAAGAGAAACCCGAAAGACGUCCCACCGGAAACGGAAGUUUAAGGUGGCCCACGUCAAGCCUAAGUAAUUGUUGAACGCAACUAUUAUAGUCUACAUACACAUGGUCACAGAAACACACACACACAUUUCCGGGGCACCCAAAUCGGAGUAGGGGUGCUGCCCGGAUCACUCUAGCAGGAGAAAGGGUUUUCCUUUCGUGGAAAGCGUGCCAUCGUCGUGCUGUAAUUGAAAUAAAACCCAAAGUGGUCGUCGUCGCCAUGACCAAAAUGGCCGGAAAUGUUAUCUACCAACUAACUAGCUUUAUUACUCUGAAGUAGAGGGAGGAAACGAUGAAGUCGAAAGCCCCAGCAAGAAGAGGAUUUCGAAGGGUCGCUUCGCACAACUCCUUUGAAAAAAUGAUAUAACAACAUUGAUUAAAUGUAAAGCAAAAGUGAACUAUUGUUUUAAGCUGUUUAUAGUGUAAGCAUCGGUUUAAGCAGUUAGAUUUCCUUUAAAAGUUGUAAUAUGAUUCCAAUUUGUUUAACCUAAAACUGUUUCGUUUAUGAUUGGAUAAACACACAUUAAAGAAAAAUCUAGAAAAUCAAAUAAAUUCAUUCAAAAAUGCCUUUGAAUUUAAAAAAAAAAUUAUAAACAGAAAUCGAAAUUCAAACAAAACCAAACGUUUCCAAGAUUAAGGUUUUAUGAGCUAGAUAAAGAAUUUGUUUGGAAAAUAUUUAAACUUAUUUUACAACGCACCUGAAAAUUCCAAGUCAAAUCUUCACUGGAGCAAUGAAUUCUGAUUCUUAAUAUAUGAAUUGAAUGAUAGCUAGAUAACCUAGAACAAGCUAGUGUUGACGUAUUGUAUUGUAUCAUAUGCUUAACUUGCAUAAAAUCAGAAACACCAGGUGCCUAGAGCAAGCAUCAAAGUUGACAAUUUCCAACAUAUUUACUCGAAUUAGAAUAUCGGAGUGAUUGUAAAGUCGUCAGAUUUUUGAGAAAAAAAAAAUGAAAUUGAGCAAAUUUUGCUUAAAUCCUUGAAAUAGGUUCAGGAUUGAAUCUCACGUUUAUUUCUUCUAGCAACUUUUUUCAGCGAAUCUUAAAAACAACAAAUGCAGAGCAGUUCUCUUUUCCCAAUCAAACUGUGUCUAUUCGAGAUCCUUUUUGGAUUGCUGCUAGUUUGAGGCCAAAAAGCUUUAUUUUGAUUCAAUACUCAAAACCAUUGUUUUGAUUCAAAACUCUUGCUUGUAUUAUUGCAGAAUUUUAUUGUUACGUUUUUAUGAAUCAGUUCUUACUUCAAGUUGCUCCAAGGCUUUUUAUCUUUUUUUUGUAUUAACUUUGAUCGCAACUUGGUACCCUUCGGAGUAUUUUCUUGAAAAGUAAUCAUAAAAAACUAGACUGAGUCGAUUUGGGGUCAUUUUUUAACUUCUCUAACCCUGGCGUCUAAAAAACUUCGUUUUGGUUAAAAACCCAUCCAUGAUUUUUUGGACAUUUUUUAAGUAACGUUUACAUGGGUAAAUUUAAACUUUUUGGUUUGUAUGGGAAAAUUGAAUAUUUUGUGCUGAAAAAUCAACAUCAUUUAUUAACCUUCUGUGGAACCGAGUCUACUAACGGGUUUUAUGCCAAAUUAUAAAUUCUCUAAAGGAAAUUUUCGGCUGAUCAAUUUUGUCGAAUACCGUAACUUCGUUUCUUAUUAGGCUAUUUUACAGGGAUAUGUCUUCUGGUAUUGAAGAACAAUAAACUCAAUUGACAUCACUGCUGGUGCCGCGAGAAGUAUUGCAUGAAAAAUAGUCAUGCAAUGUCUUGCUAGGUACCCAGAAGUGAUGUCAAUUUAAUUUAAUGUUUAUCAAUGCAAAAAAAAACAUGCCCGAACUCAACACCUAUUAACAUUUUUGUCUAAUAAGAUACGCAGUUACAAUCUUCAACAAAGUUGUUCAACGGAAAUUUUCCUUUAGAGAAUUUAUAAAUUGGAACAUUUAAUUGAAAUGUUGAUUUUUUAGAACAAAAUAUUCAUUUUGCCCAUACAAACCUAAGAGUUCAAAUUCACUUAUGUCAAUUUUGCUUAAAAUUUGUGCAAAAAAUAGUAGGUGGAAUUUGAUCUAAAACGAAGCCUUUAAGAACUCAGGGUUUGAGUAAUUAAAAAAUGACCCGAAUUGACUAAGUCUAAUGCAAUAUCUCGCUAGGCAUCAACACUGAUGUAAGUUGAAUUCAUUUUUUCAAUGAGAAGAAAACAUCCCCCUGAUAAUCAAUUUGUUACUUUAGUGCCUUUUAUGUUAUGAAACUACAAUCUUCGAGGAAAUUGUUCAGCUAAAUAUGUCCUUUAAUUAUAUUGAAAUUAAACACAUAAAAAGUAAGGAGGCUUAAUUCCACAGGAAAAAAAAAGAAAAUAAAAUGCUGAUUUUUCAGACCGAUUUUUUUUUUUCAUACAAACCUUAGCGUUAUGAUUAACUUAUGUAAAUUCUGCAAUAAACCAUAGAUGAGUUUCGCAGCAAUUCAAACUUCUCAGACCUUAGGCUCUCAAAAUUAAAUCCAGAUUAACUUGGUUUAUUGUUUUGGCUAGGACCUUAUCAGCAGAUUGACUGCGUGCAAUAAUUUGCAUAGACAAUACAAACAAUCUGGUUUGUAUAGUUACACUCAAACCCUUUCGAGUUUUAUCAAUUUCAAACAAAAAUCGAACUCAUUCUCAUGAACUGAUAACCCUUCUUUGAAGCUGUUUCGAGCCAAUAAAAUACAUUUGUACGGUAUGCGAUUAGUUUACGAUGUUUUGCGUCAUUUGCCAUUUGCGUUCAUUUGCCCUUGCUCCUGACGAAAAUCCAACUGUCUCUGCCAGGAUUGAAAAUUUUCAUUCAUUCAUAUGGAAGGCGAAGUUUAUUUUGGAUCACUAUAGACCCAAGAAAAUAAGAUCAGUUAGGGAGCAUGUCAUGCCAGAAAUAUUACGAUAAAAUGAAUGUCAAAACCAUUCAUAUUCACGUGAUAUAAAUAAACGUCCCGUAUGAGAAGAGUGGGCAAUGAAUGAAACUUGAGAACCAAAUGGAAUCUUUAGAAAAGGCGCAGCAAACUCUUAUCUCUAUUUUCAUUUUUUAUACUAUUGUUAGUAAGCGUUUGUCAUAGCACAGUAUAUUGGAAAUUAGCUUGGCAAACUAAGUUGCCAAAAAUUGCACUGGUGAUCUAUCUCAUGACCAGUUUAAACUUUCAUGUCAUGACCGCAGUAUUGGAGAACUCAAUGAUCAAUGACACAAUGGAAAAAUCUUUUUUUGCCAAAAAAAACAUUCAUAGCAUGCUUUUAUUUUGAAAAAAUCCUAAACAAGUACAUAUAUUAUAUCACUCUAAAAAGUAAAAACUCGAUAGGCCAAAGCAGGGGUUUUCAGAUCAUUUGCUCGACAGAGCACUUUUUUAAAACCAAGUUUUUUGGGGGAGCACCUGCAUUUUUAGAAAGAAUGAAAAACUCGAGUUCAAAACUUGAUAGUAUUUAUUAUUUAUCGUUUAAAUAAGAUAAGUCUUACAUCGUAGUCUACUGUUUGAAUAGACUUGUUUUUAUUAACAAAAUAUGGGUCAUCAAAAAUUAAUGUUUUCAAUAGAAAAUAUACGCUGACGUAUUGUUUCGCGUUUAGUCGGAAUCAGUAUUUUGACUUUGUUGUUAGAUGAGAUGUCAUCCUGCUCAAGCACUACUCAAGCAACCAAAAGUCCCAUAAAACAGGUACAAAAAUGCUUACUCAGCCCCAUCGUUGAUAUGGAGUACGUUCUAUGCAGCUCAAAAUUUAAGUUUUUAUUGAUUCUUUCAAGUUCCAAAACAAGUCUUUAUGAUCUUCUUGUCAGCUUCAAGCGGCCUCUUAAUUCAGCUUCCAAAAAAUCACAAUAUGAGCAAAAAAUCUCUCUCUAUCUCAACUGAACCCAUGGAUUCGGUUCAAAGCACCUUCUCUUGAUUAUUUACAAUGCUCUGUACUGGUGCCGCCAUGAUGCCACGCGCCGGAUUCCAACCUCGACAAAUUGCUCAAUUGCUUCUUUCCUACAUUUCCUACAUAUAUCGCAUCAGAAUGGUCACUCAAUUACUAUAUUACUUAUUGAAAAAAAUUUGUCCGGUUUGGGGAUCGAACCCCAACGUUCGUGGUGAGAAUCGAACACGCUACCACAAGACCACGUCUAGAUGUUGUUCUAACUGAAUCUAAAACUCGAUGUGGCGAUUUGAUUUUGAAAGCACAUCAGUGCACUUUUUGUGACUUACCAAAUCCCGUUUUGAGCACUUUUGUGCCCUUUUUGUGACUAAUCAAAUCCCGUUUUAAGUACUUUUGUGCCCUUUAUAUGACUUAAAUCCCGUAUAACGUACGUAUAGAUCACUUUUGCAACUUUCCAGUUCGUUAAUCAGUGCAUAUAGUUCACUCAUGGGAAUUGGGCAAAACAGUCAUAUACAACGUACAUAUUAAUCACUUUUGAAACUAUCAAGUUCAUUAAUGAGUACAUAAAGUUCACUAAAGGGAAUUGGGCAGUUGAUUCUCUUUGUCAGCCAAUAUAUAACUUUCAAUGCCUUCAUUCGAGUAAAUAUGUGACUUUGGGUUGCUUGGGUAAGGAUUGAACGAAAAAAAACAGAAAUAGUUGCUAUUUAGUCACAUUUAUUCAUACCUGUUGGCUGCGCUUUUGGAUGAUCCUGGUUUUGCUGAUGUUACGUUUUUUAACCAGCGAUCCAUGGUGAUUCCAAUACUCCAAAAAAAAAAACUGUUUACCUGGAAUUGUAAACAACAAAUCCAAAUUCAACACUGUGCUUGUUGACGUUGAUUGUCAACAGCUUUUUGCUUGUAUUUGGUUCAGUCGAACACGUUUAAGUCCUACAACACAAGUAUGGCACACUGUUGGAAACUGGCUGCACUGCGGGAUUGGCAGCGGCGCUUCAUCGGUGGUGGGAAUUUCUCAUCGUCGCGACGCCGGUAUAUUUGACGUCUCAACCCUGGCAUUCUACAUCCGGCUUUGACCAAUUACGAAGCGUUAAGCGAAGGAGAGAAAAACCAAUUUAUUAAAUCCUAAAAUUUGUUCCUACUUACAAUUAAAAUUUCAUUAAACUUGUACCAAAGUGCUAUAGUGCAUGCAAAGAACAUUCUUCCGGGACUGCUCCAGUAUAAUUUUGUGAGCUGAACAACAGGUUUGCGAAACAAUGAUCACAUGUAAUCAUCAAUAUCAUGCUAAAUUGUAAACUCCUCUUUAGAAGCUGGACAGUUCGGUUGAAUCCGUUCCGGUAGACGUUAGGAAUCUUUGUGAACAUCCACACUGAAUUUGUAAGUCCUAAACUAGAAUCUCAAAGCUGAAAUAUGAAAAUUUACUAAUUAUACCUAAUAAAUUGCAGCUUGAAGCUGUCGUAAAAACUGCUAUCAGAAGUAGUGUCUAUAUUCCUUUCGUUGCUUGGAACAGGCACACCGUUAUACGUCGUUUGAUCAAAUUAGUGCAAUUUGGGAAUCUACCAUUCUUUGAAAACAGGGCUUGUAGUCGCCAGUAAAAUUAAAAUAAAAAAAAAAAUAUUCGCUCGUACUAUAUGACCCGUAUUUUUCAAAGCAGGUUCAUGCGUUGGGUACAUCACAGAGCACUUUCAAAAGCAUCGCGGAGCACCGUCUGAACACGAUCUGAAAACCCCUGGCGUUAAAGCCUUAACUAGUGUUUUUUUUUUGCAUUCUUUUUUAAUAUUUAGAUGGGAAGACCCAAGUAAUACCGAUUAUUUUGAAAGACUCUUUAAGCCUCUUAUGAAACCUAAACUUGAUCUAGUAGCCUGUUAUAAAACUUUAAAUGUUACUUGGGGAUGCAAGAACGCAAGAUUCAGUUAUAUUUUGAUAUAUUAAGUUUUAAAACUGGAAGGUUGAUGCAAUAACUAACGUCAUACCCGUCACACUUCCAUCUGUACCGUUGAGCCGUCAACACGUACGCCGGAGCAUCGUAUCGUUGCUGUGUACCUGCAGGAACAUUUUACAUUAUUUAUUUUUUCCUUACCUGUAUUUCAAUCAGCACUUUUCAGUGCUAAAAUUAUUUUCAUUUUCUUUUAUUCAUAUUUUCUCUUUUCUUUCCAGCAUGGGGAAGUCUUCGGCCGGCUCAAGGGCCGGAAGAAAACGGAUGGCUGAACCUAAUCCAGGGCCAUCUGCCAAAAAAGUUGAAAUUUCCAAUUCAUUCGAUGUCCUUCAUAACAUCGGUGAUGAGGAAAUAUUCAUAUUUAAUUCUGAUAAGAGUACUAAGAAACCUUCUUCUCCUUCUUAUACUCUUAAAAACGAAAAGAUUCCACCAAUAACGGUCACGAUUCCUGACUUCAAUGCCUUUCGAAAAGAAAUCGUCACUUCCGUCAAGGAUGUGAAGAUUUCUUUUCAGAUCGGUCGAAGGGGAACUGCUCUUAUAUUGGCGGAAUCUUUUAAUGAUUUUCAAAAAAUUUUAAAUUAUUUGAAUAAUAAAAAACACCAAUUUUUUACGUACGAUACUAGAGGUGAUCGUCCUUUUAAAGUUGUACUUCGUGGUCUCACCGGCGAUCAGACACCGGAUGAGAUCACAAAUGAAUUAAAUUCUUUGUUAGGUUUUUCUCCAAUUCAAGUAAUUCAAAUGAGGAAAAGAACCAACACGAAUAAUACCAGUAGUGUUGGUUUUGCUCCUGAACUUUAUUUGAUCCAUUUUAAAAAGGAUCAGGUUAAUCAUUUGAAAAUUUUGGAAAAGGCUCGUCUUAUGUUUCAUUGUCGAGUAAAAUUUGAACCUUUUCGUAAAUCCCAUACCAAUUUUUUACAAAAUAUUACGCAAUGUCGUCGUUGUCAAGCUUUUUGUCAUGGCACUAAAAAUUGUAGAAUGAAUGCCAGAUGCAUGUUUUGCGGCUCAUUCGAUCAUGAAAAAUCUAAAUGCCUUUUUGGUGGUGAUAAGCCAAAAACAGAAUUUUUUAAGUGUGCGAAUUGCGCAGGUAAUCAUUCCUCGAAUUCUCUAGAUUGUCCCGUUAGGGCAAAAAUUGUUGCUUCUAGGAAAAACCCCAAAGUUUCCAGAAAAGUUUCUUCUCCUCCUUCCUCUUUUUCGUCUACACACGUCAGACCGGCAAACAACCUGCCUGUUCGCAGUCAGCCUCGGCCUACAUUGGAAUCACGGCUGGGUAAUACCCGAAGUGAUUUUAAUGUUACCUGGGCUGAUUCUGCGCCACAGACUCGUUGUUUAUCGUUCUCAGAGGUGGUUGAAAAUGGGUUGCCCUCUUCAGGUUUAACUAAUAAAAAUGGGAAAAACCAAGUCUCAACGUUCAUGCGAAGGCUUGGGAAAAUCCCCGAAAAUCAAAUACUUUUUCUUCUCCUUCCUCUUCUGAUUCUAACAAUUUUGUUGAUUUGGGUGAGAUAACUGAGGAAAAAUUAAAAUUUUUGCAUCGAAAUUUAAUGGAAAUGAUGCAACUUAUGUUGAAAGCAAAUUCAAUGUUUGAAGCUUUCCAAACUUCUUUUAAUUAUGCUAACAAAAUUAUUAUGACUUUACGAUUCCCUCAUGGAUCCAAAUAGAUGUUUAAAUAUUAUGAAUUGGAACGCUAGAUCUUUGCUGGCUAACCAAGACGAGUUCUUUUUAUUUUUGAAAACUCAAAACAUACAUAUUGCUGCCAUCACUGAAACUUUUUUAAAGCCAGACAAUCACUUGAAAAGCAAUGCUUUCUUUAAAAUUUUACGAAAUGAUCGACUUGAUCGACAAGGUGGGGGUGUAGCUAUUGUCAUCAAUAGUCGUCUCAAAUUUAGACUUCUUCCUUCUUUCAAUACAAAAGUCUUAGAAACAAUUGGAAUUGAAUUAGAAACUUCUAUGGGGAAAAUUAUAAUUGUUGCCGCAUAUUUGCCUUUUCAAUGUAGCGGUGAACAGAAAAAUUUUUUGAAGGGAGAUUUACAAAAACUCACCAGAAAUAAAUCUAAAUUUUUUAGUAUUGGUGACUUUAAUGCAAAACACCGAUCUUGGAAUAAUAUUUCAUCAAAUUCAAAUGGGAAUAUUUUGUUUAAUGACUGCUCUGCAGGUUAUUAUACUGUUGAAUAUCCUAAUGGGCAUACUUGUUUUUCUUCAAUUAGAAAUCCCUCCACAAUUGAUUUGGUUCUAACGGAUUUAGGCGAGCAUUGUAGUCAAUUAGUUACUCAUGCGGACCUCGAUUCAGACCACCUUCCAGUAACAUUUUCUUUAUCCCAAAGUCACAUUGAAAACCCUUUAAAAUCAACUUUUAAUUUUCAAAAGGCUAACUGGGAGCGAUAUAUGAAUUUUAUUGAACGUAAUUUAGAUGUAAACGUUCCAUUGAAUUCAAUAGAAGAUAUUGAUUUGGCUGUAGAAAAUUUGACAACUUCAAUAGUCAAUGCUAGAGCCGCUUCAAUACCUAAAGUUAAACAUAAAUUUAAUCAACCUUUAAUUGAUGAUGAUCUUCAGUUUUUGAUACGACUGAAAAACAUUCGUCGACGCCAAUUUCAACGAACUAGGGAUCCUUAUUUGAAAUUAAUUUAUUGCGACCUUCAAAAAGAGAUCAAACGUCGUUUAAAUUUCAUUCGUAAUGAAAAUUUUGCUAAAGCAGUAGAGGACAUAAAACCCUACUCAAAGCCAUUUUGGAAAUUAACUAAAAUUCUAAAAAAGCCCCAGAGCCAAUUCCUACUUUGAAAGAUGGGGAUAAACUUCUUUUAACUAAUUCAGAAAAAGCUCAAAAAUUAUCCCAACAAUUUGAGUCUGCUCAUGAUUUUAAUUUAAACGUUGUAAGUCCAAUUGAUGCUCAAAUUUCCCUAGAAUUUGAUGAUAUUCUUUCUAAGCAAAUUGUGUUUGAAAGUUCUUGUGAGACAAAUAUUAAUGAACUUAAAUUGAUUUUCAAAAAAUUUAAAAAUAUGAAAGCCCCGGGGGAAGAUGGGAUUUUCUAUAUUCUUAUUAAAAAGUAGCCUGAAAGCACUUUAAUUUUUUUAGUUAAAAUCUUCAAUAAAUGUUUUCACUUGGCUUAUUUUCCCAAUUAAUGGAAAAAUGCCAAAGUAACUCCAAUUUUGAAACCUGGAAAAAGUGCUUCAGAGCCUUCAAGUUAUCGACCAAUUAGUUUGCUUCCUUCUUUAAGUAAACUAUUUGAGAGAUUUCUUUUGAAUAGAAUGAUGAUUCACAUUAAUCAGAAUUCUAUUUUCCCUGAUGAACAAUUUGGUUUUCGUCAUGGACAUUCUACUACACAUCAACUUUUGAGUGUAACUAAUAUGAUUAACGCUAGCAAAUCUGAGGGUUAUUCAACUGGUGUUGCUCUUCUUGAUAUUGAAAAAGCUUUUGACAGUGUUUGGCACAAAGGUUUAGUAGCUAAAUUAGCUCGAUUUGAUUUUCCUGUAUAUCUCACCAAAAUUAUUCAAAAUUAUUUGACUAGCCGAACUUUGCAAGUAAGCUAUCAAAAUUCAUGCUCUGAAAGGAUACCCAUUAGAGCUGGUGUCCCUCAGGGUAGUAUACUUGGGCCUAUUUUAUACAAUAUUUUUACUUCUGAUCUUCCUGAUGUCCCAGAAGGAAAAGGUAGAAGAUUAUUUGCUGACGAUACUUUGCUUUCAGCCAAAGGUCGAAAUUUACGGGUGGUACGCAGUAGAUUGCAACAAAAUUUAAAUUCCUUUUUGAAUUACUUGAAAAUGUGGAAAAUUUCUCCUAACGCUUCCAAAACUCAACUUAUUUUAUUUCCCCAUAAGCCAAGAGCAAUUUUUUUAAAACCUAAUGAAAAUCAUUCCAUAACUUUUAAUGGGGUUUCUUUAGAAUGGUCUGAUCACGUGAAGUACUUGGGACUCACACUUGAUCGGAAUCUUUCUUUUAAGAAUCACAUUGAAGAUAUUCAAUCUAAAUGUAAUAAAUACAACAAAUCUCUUUAUUCUCUCAUCAACAGGAAAUCCCGACUUUGCCUGAAGAAUAAGAUGCUUAUUUACAAGCAAGUCUUCCGACCAGCGAUAAUGUAUGCAGUUCCGAUUUGGUCUAGCUGCUGCGCGACGAGGAAGAAAGCCAUCCAGAGGAUUCAGAACAAGGUUCUGAAAAUGAUUUUGCGGCUUCCACCUUGGCACAGCACCGAAGAUCUUCAUCGGAUUGCAGGCAUUGAAUCUAUCGAAGAGAUGGCCAACAAAAUCAUCUCCAACUUCAGAGGCAAAUCGAUGCAGUCUUCCAUCGCAGAGAUUCGCUCUCUCUACAAUUAGUUUAAUUUUAGGAUAGCUUUAGUUUUUAGUUUAAAAUAUUUUUUUUUCACUACAGGAUGUUCUCCUUUAUAAAAAUGCUUGAUUGUGCUCAGCAAAUUUAAGUCGAAUAAAUAAAUUUUAGUGAUUAUUAAACUAUAGGGCUCUGAAAGUUCAUUAUUGAACUGAACACCUAAUUUAAUGUUUUAAUGUAAUAUAAAUGUAAUGAUGAAUUGGUACUAAUAAAGAUAUAUUUAAAAAAAAAAAAACGUCAUACCCGUAUCAAAAUUUGCGUUGAUGAAUUUGAGGUGAACUGCAAUCCGAGAUCACUUGAGCCAAUUGAAGUCUUAGUUUAUUUUUUUGUAACAUUGAAAAAAAAAGAUGAUUGUCAAGCAUAGAAUUUCAAAAUGAAAAUCAUAAUUCAAACUUCUGUUCAGGAUUUAUUUUCUCAAGACCGAUAUAGUUAUGUUGUGUACAACCAAGCAAUGGAAAAUAAGUUAAAUAUUCAUAAAGUUCUACUCCAAAAAAAAAACUUAUCCCCUCUUCCGAUUCAACUCCAGAAGAAAUUGUAAUUUGUCUCGGCGCAAUUGCCUAAGUAGGACAUCUUAAUUAUGAUUUGUAGAAAGUUCAAAGCUCCAAAAUUUGUGGGCAAUAUAAUUCAACAACAGAAAACACAAAACGAUCUGAAGCUCAAUUGAUAAGCGCGAAUCCACCGUAACAUUCCUAAAAUGAAAGACUCUUCCACCAGUAAAUUUUUUUUUAGCCGUAGCUCAAAGCGCUUGUUUAUUAUUAUGUUUAGAUUCAGAAAACGAAACUUUAAGAAUCAUUAAUCAAAACACACUUUAAUAAGUGUCCUUUGCAAUGAUGAACGGUUCUUUCACAGAUGAAUAAUAGAAACAAUUUUAUUUCGUAUGUCAAUUACAUCGAUUCUUCUAUGUUCAUGAAUAAUUGAAGUUUAAAAAUUAACAGUUUUUUUUCUUGAAUUUCAUAAAAAUUCAAAAACUCAUGUUGCAAUUUUUUUUAACUUGAAUAUUAUUGAUUUGUUUAACUUGAUUGAUAUUUCUUAGACUCAUCUUUUUUUUAUGAAUGUUUUUAAAAAAAAUUUCCAUGCACUAUUGUCAAAAGACAUAUCAGUGAUGUCAACCAAUUGUUUUUUCAGUAUUGCGAACAAAAAACUUAAACUUUUUAAUCAAUGAGGUCUGUUCUCGAAAAAAAAUUCACACUGUAUUUUGUAAAUUUGUUUGAUAUCGACUAAGAAUUGGUGAAAAUUUCAGCAAAACUAGCUAUUGAUGUGAAUUAUACAUCCACAUGACAUUCCUGGAGUAAUCAUUAUUGGAAUAAGGAUUCUAUGCCGGACCGGCACAAACAAGCUUUCUCAUCGCCGUAUGAGUACUGAAACCAGCAUUAGGGAAAAAAAACUUUGUUUCCAACCCCUGGUAAACAGCCAUUGGCAAAAAUAUUCGUCAGUAAGCAGCUGUGGGUGUCUGUAAACAUUUUCUCGUUUCCCAUUCCCAUCCCAUUUCCAUCCCAUUCCAUCCCAUUCCUAUCCCAUCUUAUUACCAUCAAAGACAAAAAAGGAUGGAAAAACAUCGGUCAAACGGCAGAAGGGGUGUGGCAGAAGAACUAUGACAGUAAACCUUCGUUUGCUAACUUACUCAGUUGGUAUACUGGUUAAGUAUAGUCGACAAGCAAGUCGUAGUGAGGAUGUUGCAUUGGGUUCGAUUCUCUCUUUAUUUUUUUAAAAUUUCGGGAUAAAUUAUCCAAUGGGAUUAAAUUUCCAUAUUUUAUUUCUUGUUAGCGCCGAGCGGCAUUGACAUCCCUACUUUGGGCGUACAUGUGCAACAACUGGACAAUCUGUCAAGUAGUUUUUGAGAUAACUUUCCGAUUAUGAGAAAAAAAAAGAGCACAGACAAGAAUUUUCGGUCGACAUUGGCGCCAGCUUUUAAACUCGCUGUGGGUUAUCGUUUUUCUAAUCCUGAGCACUAUUGCCUAUAUUUCUUUCUUCCUAAAGGCUUCCCUGAGGGUCUAGUUUUGACAAGUUUUGGAGAAUUUUCUCCUCCAGCACAAAACAAAAUCUUAAAUUUUGUUCCACUCCAUCACUGCACUGUGGUCCAAAAGGGCUAAAAGUGGAACUUUUUUCGUAGCGCCUCUGUCUUUUAUCUUAUCUCUUAAGUGUCUUCAGAACAUUUGCUUCUUCAAACAUGCUUCAUAACUUGAAAGCAUCAAAAGUUAGUCAAAGUCCACUAUAAAAAAAUUGAAAAUUCUAACUUUUUUAUUUCAAUAGAUAGAGCCAUAGAGCUUUACUUUAUAGGACAAAGUUGUAGAAUACAAGAAAAUAUGAAACUUUGUUGAAUACGUUAAGACUCUAUUUCUUUUCAGAGCAGAGUUAUAAAGGUUUUAUUUUGAAAGUUAUUUAAAAGUGAGUUUUUUAUGCUUAACUAUAGUUAGAUGAGGAUUUAUAUGAAUAAGAUGUUCUAAACAUUUGUUGGGACAUUCAAAUCACACGUUUUGCACAAGAUUUCAACAUUCUACCACGUUGCCUUGCCAACUUAUUGCAACUUUAAGUUUUAUUUUUACUCAACUUCACGAGCGUUUAUUGCAAAAACGUGCAAGUGAAUUUUUAAAACUAAUAAACCACGUUGAAGCUUGAACUAAGUGCAACAAAUUGGUGUUGUUGUCAUUUGUCUCCACGCGCUUAUAUUUGAACACAACAAGCAUAUAUUUGAUGUGUUUUACGUGUUUCCAUACGAAAAAUAGAAAAAUCGAUUUCCAGGCUACGCAGAUGCUACGCAAAACGAAGGCAGAAAGCAGUUGAAAAUAAUUUUUGUAUAGAAACACGUAAAACACAUCAAAUAUAUGCUUGUUGUGUUCAAAUAUAAGCGCGUGGAGACAAAUGACAACAACACCAAUUUGUUGCACUUAGUUCAAGCUUCAACGUGGUUUAUUAGUUUUAAAAAUUCACUUGCACGUUUUUGCAAUAAACGCUCGUGAAGUUGAGUAAAAAUAAAACUUAAAGUUGCAAUAAGUUGGCUAGAAAACGUCAUAGAAUGUUGAAAUCUUGUGCAAAACGUGUGAUUUGAAUGUCCCAACAAAUGUUUAGAACAUCUUAUUCAUAUAAAUCCUCAUCUAACUAUAGUUAAGCAUAAAAAACUCACUUUUAAAUAACUUUCAAAACAAAACCUUUAUAACUCUGCUCUGAAAAGAGAUAGAGUCUUGAUGUAUUCAACAAAGUUUCAUAUUUUCUUGUAUUCUACAACUUUGUCCUAUAAAGUAAAGCUCUAUCUAUUGAAAUAAAAAAGUUAGAAUUUUCAACUUUUUAUAGUGGACUUUGACUAACUUUUGAUGCUUUCAAGUUAUGAAGCAUGUUUGAAGAAGCAAAUGUUCUGAAGACACUUAAGAGAUAAGAUAAAAGACAUAGGCGCUACGAAAAAAGUUCCACUUUUAGCCCUUUUGGACCACUGUGCACUGGUUUCGCACAUUGUUGAGCAACGAUAAGUCAUUCAUUUCGAGCAAUUUUCAAAUUUUCUACAACAUGUAGCCUAACUUUCUGGAUUACGAUUUAAUCAUCAUAUCGAGGUUGCCGAAAUCAGAGAAAAAUCUAUAAUUUCACAGAAUUUUUAGCACAUUUUCAUCACAGAUUCUGAGUCAAAAAACACAGAAUUUUGGAAAAAUUCACAGAUUUUAAAGAUUUUUCAAAUUUUUUACGUAUUUCAGAUUUAUAAUUUUUUUGUCAAUAUAAAUUUUUAAAAUUUUAACUUUGUUUUGGAAAAACAUGACAAAAUUGGUAAUGUUUUUGGAUUUUUUUUCAAUCAAAAUGUAAAAAAGAGUUAUUGUUUCAAGAUUUUUCAAAUAAUUUUACGCUAAAAUUCAUCACAGAACUUGUGGGUAAAAUCACAAAAAGUCAAUUUUUUUUCGGAAACUUGCAUUGUAUACCUUUCGUAUACGUUAGUUAGUUAGUUGAUUUUAUCUCCAGUCAUUUUGGAAGCUACCUUACUUUUCAAAUUUUUCUUAACUGUGCUCAAAAAUUGAAGCUCUCUUGAAAUCAUGUUUAUCAAAAAUCAUUACACAAAUGACGUCAAGUUUUGCAGAUUAAGACGGAGGAUUACUAGCUAAUGUUUCAAAUUAUUUUUGAACUUUCUUAAAGUCUUAACUUGCAUUAAGGUGACGAUUCUGAUUGAUGAAAAAAGAAGUUAUCGUUACAAGUAAUCUCAGCUCAAUAAACACAAGACUUCAUCCAAAUAGAUCAACUACACCGAUUGGGGUAAUCCCUUCAUAGAAAAAAGACUGAAUUCCCAACGUUAGUAAAGCAAAGCACUUUGUUCGGUGGGGAAAAAAAUUAAACCAUGACAAGCCUAAAAGAUUGAAGAAAUUAGCGGAAAGUAGCUCGUAAUACAGGUAGAUUUGUAGAUUGAAAUUUUGAAAGAACUAGAAAAAAAAGUUACGAAAAAUAUUAUCACAAAUAGGUACAUGUCAAAUAAGGGACCCAAGUUAGAGCGGGAAAAUCUUGUUUCCCCAAGCUAGCAAAAAGUAAUUGAAUAAUAGGAAAUUUUCGGAAUGAGACCGGUUUCAAAACAAUAAGUAUAUAGAGUUUACAGAGUUUUCAUUAGUUUGAAAAAUAUAAUCUAGAAACGUUAGUAAUGGUAGAAUGAGUAUAGAUACAGCAGAGUAAAUCUUUUAACAAAUGUUUUUGAAAAAAAAAACACAUUGAGAAACGUUUUUUUUACAACAGAAUGUAAUGGACAAGGAAAUAUUUUUUUGUAGAAAAAAAAAACUAAAACUGUUUUUUUAUGAAUUUCUAAUUGACAGUAUGAUUUAUUAUCUUUUCUUUAUUUUUAGGCAACGUUCAGUAACUUUUCAGAGAUCAGAAUCGUCACCUUUAUUUAAAAAUAAUCUUAUCCUUUUAAAUCAGAAUCAGUAUUCAUUGCUCCUUGCAAACACAGAAUUAAAUUUUGAUUUUCAAGCCAAACCCUAACGCUAUAGAAUAGUUUUAUUUGUUAACAAUCUUCAAAUGAAGAAGCACAGAAUCCACCUAAAGUAAUGCCAAGGAAAUCGUUUGUAGAUAAGUUUCAAACCAAAUCCGAUAUUUAUCCUCAUCCUAAUGAAACGCUUGUAACUGCCAUCCUUCAAAGGGAAAACAAAGAACAUAACUUUAACUUUUGCAAACUAAUUUUUAAAACAGUUCCAAAUGGACUCCGAAAGCCGAACUAUUUAUUCCAAAGGAUUUUUUGCAAACUAAUAAAAAUGAAUAAAAAAAUUAAGAAAACAGAAAAACAGAAAAGAUAAAUCCCUUAAAUCGAUUCUUCGAUCGAAUAACUAACUAACCAUGUAAAUCGAAUGUUUAAAAUAAAUAAAACAAAUUAAAAAGACAUAAAUAGCAUAUAUAAAUGAGAAAAAAAACUUUUUAUCGCAAACCUGCGACGUGGCAGUUGGUUUUUGUAAAUUUGUCAGAGAAUAUAUAAGUACUUUCAAAGCAGUUUUUCAAAUCGAUUAAGUCUCUACAGAAUUUUACUCUCACAGCUUAUUAUUCUACCUGUUGAUUUAGCUAAUACAUACGAUAAAACAUAUAUAUCAAAACAAAAUCCGAGCAGUGUAUCAUAUUUAGGCUUAGAAAACGCAGCAAAUAGUAGCAGCAGAGUUGAGGUCCGAAGAAUGUUUGUAAAUAAAUAAAUAUAGUAAUCGAGUAAAUCGCUAGCAAAAAAAACGUGUAAAUAUUUUUUCUGUGAUACCAAAGCAUAACAAAGUGUAAAUUCUGAAAAGGGUAAAGAAGCCUAUCACUGAUCAAAGAACCAUAUAUUCAAACCCAUGUCCCUAAGCAACAAAUACGCAAAGUAAAAAACAGGGAAUCGAAAAACUGAGUAGCAGUCAUCAGUCAUAUAUACUUUUCCGAACUUAAACCCUUUUUUACUCGUUAACAACUUUAGUUACCCAGAAAAAAACCAGUAGAUUGUAAUCAAAUGUUAUUUCGAGGUUUGCUUCCUUCGCAGACACACAAUAUAUCGUUAGAAGGGAAGCGAAACGAUUGAAGAGGAUCAUCAAAUCAAAACCAAACAAGUAUCGCUGAUGGUCUCUAGUUUAAAAGUAGCGUAUAUUGCAUGUGGUAAGGUAAGGUAACGAAAGAUUAAGAAAGAAAAAUCUAGGCAUCUAUUUAACGGACUUUUUAAAUAUUUUGUUCAAAAAAGAUUUAAAAAAGAGAGAAAGAAUAAUCGAGUCGAAUAAAACAAAACACAAUAUCUUGAAA